CCACCAAGUCAUUAACCCAGCCCCUCAUUUUUUCUUGAGCCCAAGCACAUCCCCACCACCGUUCAACACAGACGAAGCAAGGUUUCUGCUUUCUACCUCAACCCCAAAGAUUGCAGAUGUUGAAUAAUUAACAGGACCUGCUUAAAAUGUUUCUUAGAAGAAUUGUAGCUGCAUGUCCUCUAUCAAAAAGGAUGUUCAGCUCUUCUGUGAGCCAUGACUAUGCAAGUGCUAUUCAAGAACUCAACAAGGAAAUGGAAUCAGUGUUUGGUGAACCUCCAGCAAAUGGACUAGCUAGCUCAGCAAGCAAUAGUCAUGUGAAUAACGAAUCCCAUUUGGCAUCUCAAAACAUAGUUGAAAGUUCUUCUGAAUUGACUCAUACUGGCAAUUCAGGGGAAGCUCAAAUGGUAGAUGUGUCUCCAAAAGAAAGUAGCAAAAGAAGUGCCAUUGCUGUUUGCAAGGUAAAUCUUGGAAAGAAGGUGUUUGAUUUGGUCUUGGCCAAUCAAAUGGCAAAAGGAGAUGUGCUUUCUGUGGCAAAAAUAGCCGGCAUAACUGCAGCAAAGCAAACUAGUAACCUGAUUCCUUUGUGCCAUAACAUAAGCCUUACACACGUGCAAGUGAAUUUGAGAUUGAAUCACGAGGACUUCAGUGUAAUAGUAGAAGGGGAAGCUGCAUCAACAGGUAAAACUGGGGUUGAGAUGGAAGCAAUGACAGCAGUGUCUAUUGCUGGCUUAACAGUGUAUGAUAUGUGUAAGGCUGCUUCAAAAGACAUAGCAAUUACAGAUAUAAGACUUAAGCAUAAAUCUGGUGGAAAAAGUGGGGACUACUCCUGGGGACAAUAACGGUUUUGAAGCAUUCCAAUGGAUAACAUUAACGACCACACUAAGGAUGCAAUUCCUGAGAUUGACAAUAAUAGUUCUCCAUACAUGAUUUUCCUAUAAUGGGGUGCAUGAAUAUUGGGACUUGCUUUGAUGAAACACAUUUUUAUGGCUGGCUUUUACUUGUCUCAAUAUAGACAUUUUCAAAUUUCAGUAAACCUUGUAAAUGAUCUAAUAUUGCUUUUAUCUAUUUUAACUUUGCUAUACCAACCAAUCAUGCGUAGGUUCAGAAGUUAUUAAAAGCAUGCAAGUACAAGAA